CUGUCGAAAUCCUGAAAUCUAAUUCCCGGCGAGAAGGAGGAGGCUUCGGUGCUGAGACCCAUGCAGCGGCAGCUCCCAUAGUUGGUAUGUUUCAUCCCCGCCAGUGGGAAAGAGAAUAUCAAGAGAGCAAGUAGGUGAGGAGGAGGCGUAGAGUCAUACCUGAGAGAAAAUAGAUUCCAGAAAAGCGAAGCGGAAUCUGCGCGCUUAUUAAUGAAUUAAUCAUAGCUUAUUAAUAAUGAGAGCUGCAGAGAUUCGGAUGACGGUUUCCAUUGGCAGAUGAGACGUAGUGUGGAGAACACGUGUCCAAUUUUUCCCCUCAUAUUUUUUCUUCCCUGAUCUGGAUUUUUCUCACUUGUCAAGACGAGAAAGGAAAAGAUAAAAAAAAAGAAAUUAAAGUAAAGUAAAGAAAAAAUCGCGUGUUUUGAGUGGCGUGGUUGCGCACGGUUUUGCCUCUGAUGGACAUCUUGGCUUGCAGAUCCGAAGAGAACAGUUAUAAUAUCCUCCCCUCUGCGGCAACGAUGCUUUUCCAUGGCCUCCCUGGAGGCGACGUGCACGGCGUGGUGGAAGAAAUGGACCGGAGAGGAAAGAGCGAGUCAGCAGCCAUCAGCUCGGCCAUCGAUAUGGGGGAAUCAGAGACGUCCAUGCCGUGCAUGACCAGCGAGCGCGUGGCCCUGUGCGCGGGCUGCGGCCGGAAGAUCGCGGAUCGCUACUACCUGCUGGCCGUGGACAAGCAGUGGCACAUGCGCUGCCUCAAGUGCUGCGAGUGCAAACUCAACCUGGAGUCCGAGCUCACCUGCUUCAGCAAGGACGGCAGCAUCUACUGCAAGGAGGACUACUACAGAAGAUUUUCGGUGCAGAGAUGCGCUCGGUGCCACCUGGGGAUCUCAGCCUCGGAGAUGGUGAUGCGGGCCCGGGACCUGGUCUACCACCUCAACUGCUUCACCUGCACCACCUGCAGCAAGAUGCUGACCACCGGGGACCACUUUGGCAUGAAGGACAGUCUGGUGUACUGUCGGCUGCACUUUGAGACUCUCAUCCAGGGAGAAUAUCAGACACAUUUUAACCACGCGGACGUGGUGCCGCACAAAGGCCUGGGCCCGGCCAACACGCUCGGACUAUCCUACUUCAACGGCGUGGGGACGGUGCAGAAAGGGCGGCCCAGGAAGAGGAAAAGUCCCGGGCCGGGGGCCGAGCUGGCGGCUUACAACGCAGCGCUGAGCUGCAACGAGAACGACGGCGAGUCGAUGGACCGCGACUCGCAGUACAGCUCCAGCCAGAAGACCAAGCGCAUGCGGACCUCCUUCAAGCACCACCAGCUGAGGACCAUGAAGUCCUACUUCGCCAUCAACCACAACCCAGACGCCAAGGACCUCAAGCAGCUCGCCCAGAAGACCGGCCUCACCAAGCGGGUCUUACAGGUCUGGUUCCAGAACGCUCGGGCCAAGUUCCGGAGGAACCUGCUGCGGCAGGAGAGCACCGGCGUGGACAAGGCGUCCGACGGCUCCACGCUGCAGGGCGGCACGCCGUCGGGCCCCGCCUCCGAGAUCUCCAACGCCUCCAUGAGCCCCUCCAGCACCCCCACCACCCUCACGGACCUGACCAACCCCACCAUGCCCACCGUCACCUCCGUGCUCACCGCCGUGCCCGGCGGCAUGGACGUGCACGAGUGCCGGAGCCCGUCACAGACCACGCUGACCAGCCUCUUCUGAUGAUGACGG